UCUUGACCUUGUUUAUGGACCGGAUGGACGGAUAAGUGACAGAAUGUCACGAAAAUCUCGUCAGGGUUAUAGCAUUCGCCACUUGCUGCAGCUGCCCAAUCCGCGAUCCUCCCCGGGGCCGCACCCUCCGCCCGGUAUCAAGGCUUCAUUACGGACCCGCAUGCCCUCACCUUCUGAUCAAGGGACGUUUCACCCUACAGUAAUUAUUCGGAACAAAGGUCUAACACGUUUCAAAGAGGGAACGCAUGCAUCCGUUCAGUUCCAAGCCGAUAGCUCGAAUUUAUGCGGCGCCGGCGCUCAGGCAAUUAUCAUUCACGCGAUGAUUCCACCGGCCGCCGGACGCUCCCAGUCCCGAUACACGCGCCCAGUCAAUUAA